AUGGCGGUUGGGCGUCCCAUGGGUGUAGAAGAAGGGCAAGUAGGGAAAAGGUCUAAGGAGCAAUGGCAAGCCAUGCUCAGUGGAAGUGUAGCAGGAGGGUUAAUGGAGUGCUGGGACGCUCUUAGUGAGCUGAGGGCUUGCUCCACUGAGAUCAUCUUGUUCUUUAUGAAUGGUGAGGCUUACUUGGGCCAGGGGUGUUGCAUGGGUGUCCGCACCAUUACGCACCACUGCUGGCCCUCAAUGUUCACGUUACUGGGCUUUACUGCCGAGGAAGGCGAUAUUCUCAGGGCCUAUUGCAACGCCGAGGCCCCGCCGCCUGCCCUGGCCUAG